CCCUUUUCCCUCGAAUCGAUGUCUCGUUGAUUGUAUCCCCCCGGGCACCCUCAGCGUUCGAAUCGUGUGAUCAGCUGUUUGUGAGCGGUAAAAUGCUAUUUUUAACACCCCGUUAGGUGCAUCUGUGGCACGCGCUCACAUCGAGAGCUGUAGCGGGGCCUGAAUAGCCCCCUCCCCUCUCCCCUGGAGUGGCUGGAUUAAUUUCAUUCAUAAAACGCGCCGUGCUGCACGUUGUAUCCAUCCGGGGAAAUAAGUUGCCUGCUCAUACCACAGGACAGCGACGCAAAUUGCAGCGUCUAGCCGAUGUAAAAAUAACAUCCAAAGUCACGUGCUGUUUUCACUUUCCGCGAAUUGCUUGCGGCUCUGCUUUGUUGAUCACAUGGAGGAGGAGUUUGGUCUGGGCCGCAUAUUCCCCGCACGCCUGUUGUUGUUGUCGGAACUAUUACAGCGUCGGUGUCGCCAGCCGCUGCUCACAAACAUUAGCGCAUCUGUUGAUUCGCAGCAGCAGCGGCGAAAAUGCUAUUAAAACGAACGGACACAAUACGACACAUAUUCUAGACGGUGGUCGUGAAAUGGUAAAUUAUUUAUACACAGCAUAAAACCGCUCGGUCGGCGCGCUUCUGUUGUUGUCGGACUGCGCUCCGUUUCGUGUGUAGAAUAAGCGACCCGAAUCGCCACGGUCCCGUCGGCGCUGUGUUCUAAUAUUGUCGUCAGUAGAGAUUUGGGCGUGCAAAUGCUGAGUACGCUGCGCGUGCUUUGAUUAGCUGGUUUGGCACGCACGCGAAAACGUUCUCAGCAAAGACCCAACUCGUCACCAAAUGCUUACAGAAACAGUGGCGGAAAAGUGAAACAAAAACCCCCGUUCGCAAGAUGUCCGUACUCGAAGUUACGUCGGAGCUGUACAGCGAGGCAGAAUUCUGCAGCACAGAAACGGGUAAUGGCAAUUCUAUUUCUAAAUUUACCUUUGUGUAUCCAAACCGCCGCGAUGCUGCGCCCGCCGAGAACGGCACACAGCCGGGGCUAGCAAAUGGCAUGGACAAACGGCACAACGGUCAGCCCGUGGCUGACAGCGAGUCAAAUGCAUCAAGCGUCAAAGACUCGGAGGAGGUGGAGGAGGAAAGCUGUUUUGAAGAAGAAUCAUUCGCAUCGGAUUAUGGCGACAGUUUGUGUGAAGAGGAGCAGGAGGAAGUGCUGUUGUACGGUGAAUCCGGUGAUGAAUGUUGCAUAGCAACGCACCAGAAAGAUACAAAACCACCUCCGAUCGUGCUCGAUAAAGAUGGCGACGUUGUUGUGGUGCGCCAGCGGAAAGGAGCGAUAGAAAUAGAGCAUCGUAAGUCGACGCGGCUGGACGCGGUUGGAUUGCAGAUAUGGCGCGGUGCACUACUGCUGGGCGAUUAUAUCAUGCACAACGAGCGGAAGUUCAAAAACACUCACAUCCUGGAACUUGGGUCCGGCGUUGGGCUUACCAGCAUAGUCGCUAGCAUGUAUGCACGAGAGGUCAUCUGCACGGACAUUGAUAUUGAAGGGCUGCUGGAUCUGUUACGGGACAACGUGCAAAGAAAUGCUCAUCUUUCAAACCCGCACUGCCGUGUGCAUGUCACCGAGCUCGACUUCAAGGUUAGCUAUCAGGACUAUCCACGCGAUUUGAAGACAAAACUCCAGGACGUGCAGUACGUGAUUGCCGCCGAUGUGAUCUACGACGAUGACAUAACGGAAGCGUUUGUGCGGACGAUUGUUAGUUUGCUGCUAGAGCUGCCGAAGCUAAAGGCGAUCUACAUCGCGCUGGAAAAGCGCUACGUAUUCACGCUCGAGGACAUGGACUCGGUCGCACCGUGCUACGAUUACUUUCUGCGCUACUUUGAAAAGCGUAACGGCCGGUUCGGCGUGAACCGCUGGAAGCUCAUCAAUGUGUGUAUGGACUUUCCGCGCUAUUUCGAUUACGACAAGGUGAAGGAUUUAGUGCUGUUGAAAGUGUGCCACGCUAGUAAGUGAUGCGUUGUGAUCGGCUAAUUUACGAUUUAGGGUGCAAGGAAUUAAUUAGUUUUUAGUUUUACUGCGCGAAACGGUAAAAAAAUAACAAACAAAACAAAUA